AUGGUCGGCAUCAGCAAGCGCCGCUCCUCCCCAGCCUCCACCUCCUCCUCCUCCGGCGACGGAAGGCCGCGGCAGGUCACCCGUAAGCGCAGGUCCGCCCGCCGUUGGUCCCGCGGCGCCGCCCGGAGGCCUCCGGCGCCUCGACCUGCAAAUGAGCUGGACUCGAAUACAGCUGCUCUUGAUCCAGAUCAUUAUGAUACUGGAUUGAGAGUUAUCCUGCAGAAGGAGCUCCGAAAUAGCGACGUAAGCCAACUUGGGAGAAUCGUUCUCCCCAAGAAGGAGGCAGAGGCUUACCUCCCCGUUCUGAUAUCAAAGGACGGAAAAUUUUUAUGUAUGCAUGAUUUGCUAAAUGCACAGCUGUGGACCUUCAAGUACAGAUAUUGGCCCAAUAAUAAAAGCAGGAUGUAUGUACUUGAAAAUACUGGAGAUUAUGUCAGAGCUCAUGAUCUUCAGCAAGGAGACUUCAUUGUGAUAUACAAAGACGAUGAGAAUAACCACUUUGUCAUAGGAGCAAAGAAGGCGGGAGAUGAACAGACUGCCACUGUGCCACAACUCCAUGAGCAUAUCUCUGCCGCUUUGCCAGCUUCACAAGUUAUCCAUGAAUAUGCAGCUCCCGUUGCACCAGAAGCUGAUAUCCUCGCCAUGGUGCCACAAGCUGCUGAGAAUUAUGAGAUAUUCGACGGGAUACUGAACUCUCUGCCAGAGAUACCAGUAGCCAAUGUGAGGUACUCUGACUUCUUCGAUCCAUUUCAUGACUGCAUGUACAUGACCAACCACUCCGUUGAUCUGGAUACGCAUUUCCAUGAUGAGAAGACUGGGAACUCUUCGUUUCCCAAACCAAAGUCUGGGCCUGUGAUGUGA